AGGUAACGCUAGAGUGAGACAAACGUUUUGAAGAUUUUUCAGUCUAAAAACUACGAUUUUCUCUCGAUAUGAAGAAAUUCAAUCACUCGAUUGUCAGCCCAAAUAUGCCAAAACCAAGAUGAGAAAGUGAACAAAUGAAAAAUGGCAGAGAGACAAGACUCCAAUAAGAAAGCUUAUUACUCCAGUUUAGCUGCAUCGCCAGAGGCUGCAGAGACUGAUUCUGCUAGUCGGUCUACUCCAAAUACAGUAGAAUCAUCUUCCGAUGAUCUGAAGCCAAAAGGUGUAAAGCAGCAUCUUUGGGAGAAAUUCCAGUCUCUGCAACAACGAAAAGAAACCCAGAAAUUGAUUGCAGCAAAUGACAAGAACAGAGCCAGGGAAAAGCCUGCAGGAAAGAGUAGAAAAAGAAAGAAUGAAGAAAGAGUUGAUGAUGCUGGUCCAUCGACCAAGGUGCAAAUUGGAUGGGAGGACGUGAAACCAUUCCUUGGCAUCAAUAACCACCUCAAGGAAGUGGAGAAGGGCAGGCAUGCUCCAAAGACCAAGCUGGAAGAAAAGAUUGAUGAAGCUAUCAACCUUGGAGAUUUGGAAACCGCCGAGAAACUUAGUGACCAUCUAUCCAAUAGAGAGUUUGGGACAAAAAUUGCUGAAGCUUUUGAUGCCAAAAGAUAUGCUGAAAAGAAACAGAGAGAAGAUACUGUUGCCAAGGAGAGAGCACAAAAGAAACUCAAAUGGGGGUUUGAUCACAAGGAGAGGUGGGAAACAAAGGGGAACAUGUGAGAAAUUGUAGUACCUGUUCUCAGCAUUGAACCAGGAAAGAGACUUGAAUCGAUCCUGAUAACAUACUGACAGUUAAAUGUAUGUUCAAAGAAGGGUAUCACUAUCAGCAUUGAACAGUGCUAAAGACUGUUUCGGUUGUGUUUGUUAUGGCGUUUUAUACUCACUAUGAGCUGUUUUAAGAUACUUUCUCUCUGAUUGAGAAGCUUGGACUGUCAGUCGAUUCAUACUGGAGAAAGACCAUUCAGAUGUGGCUAGUGUGAGCUUGGGGUCCAUUGACACAGAUUAAGAAGCUUGGACUGUCAGUCGAUUCAUACUGGAGAAAGACCAUUCAGAUGUGGCUAGUGUGAGCUUGGGGUCCAUUGACACAGAUUAAGAAGCUUGGACUGUCAGUCGAUUCAUACUGGAGAAAGACCAUUCAGAUGUGGCUAGUGUGAGCUUGGGGUCCAUUGACACAGGUUAAGAAGCUUGGACUGUCAGUCGAUUCAUACUGGAGAAAGACCAUUCAGAUGUGGCUAGUGUGAGCUUGGGGUCCAUUGACACAGAUUAAGAAGCUUGGACAGUCAGUCUAUUCAUACUGGAGAAAGACCAUUCAGAUGUGGCUAGUGUGAGCUUGGGGUCCAUUGACACAGGUUAAGAAGCUUGGACUGUCAGUCCAUUCACACUGGAGAAAGACCAUUCAGAUGUGACUAGUGUGAGCUUGGGGUCCAUUGACACAGGUUAAGAAGCUUGGACUGUCAGUCUAUUCAUACUGGAGAGAGACCAUUCAGAUGUAGUUGAUGUAAGCUUGGGGUUCAUUCAAACAGAUUGAGAAGCUAAGACAGCAUCGGUCUAUUCAUACUGGAGAAAGGCAAUUCAGAUAUUAAGCCAUUCUGAUUAUGAAGUACAUGUAUAUGAUAAAUACAGACUUUUAAUAAUAAAGGCAACU